UAAUACCUAGCUAUCAGAAGAAGAAACCAUAGCUGAUGUAAGUGACAUUCCACACAUGAAAAUUAAUGAGCUUGUUUUUCUCAUUUACUGGUUGGCUCAUGGCUACUGCACCUCUGAUGUUCACAUUGGUUAUCAGGUAAGUCUUGCUAUACCAACAACAUAUAGCAGAGGAUUCAUAGGCAGGGCUUUUCUAAUGGAAACUGAUCACAACCAAAUUGGACCAAAUUUUAGAGGUGCAAUCAGUGUUGAAGCCAAUAAUGAUAAAUACACAUGUUCACUUGAUGUUUUUCUGGGAGAUGUGAAGGUUUGGAGUUCUGGUCAUUUGUCACAGUUCUACACAAUAGACAAAUGUACACUUCAGCUAACUCAAUAUGGAGACUUACUGCUGAAGGGGGGUCAAGAAGACAGAGUUGGAUGGAAAGCUGGAACUUCAGGACAAGGUGUGAAGAGAUUGCACUUACUUGGGACAGGUAAUUUGGUCUUAGUUGAUGCUUUGAACUUGAUAAAAUGGCAAAGUUUCAAUUUUCCAACUAAUAUUAUGCUUUGGGGUCAGAGACUAAGCUCAAGAACACGGUUAACGUCUUUCCCUAGCAACUCUAGUUUGUCAUAUUCUUUUGAGAUUCAGUAUGACAAGAUUGCAUUGUACUUGUACUCUGGAAAAUCAAAGUACUCGUAUUGGGAAUAUAAACCUUUGGAAUUGGAUGGUCUGAAUAUCACAUAUGUUGAGUUAACUUCUAACGCGCUGGAGAUAUUCAACAACGAAAAUCGUAGAAUUGGAAGGAUAAAAUCAGACAAGCCACAGCCCCUGAGAUUUUUAGCAUUGGGAAAUAGCACAGGGAAUUUGGGAUUCUACUAUUACUCAUCUGACAAAGGAAAGUUUGAAGCUUCAUAUCAAGCUCUAAAUACUAGUUGUGAUCUUCCAUUGGCAUGUAAACCUUAUGGAAUUUGUACAUUUUCCGAGAAGUGCUCUUGCAUAAGGCUAAUAAAAAGAGGAGAUGGAUUGCUUUCUGAUUGCACUGAAAAAGUAACUGAGGGAUUUUGUGGAAGAAAUGAUUCCCAAAUGCUAGAAUUACAAGGUGUUACGAGUGUAUUAAGAAGCAAUCCUUAUAAGGUCAAUGUCAGCAAAGAAAUAUGUGCAAAUUUGUGUUUGGUUAACUGCACUUGUGUUGCGGCAUUACAUUUUUCACUUGAAGAUUCUGAGGAUGAUCCCGCGAAACCUGGAGAAUGCUAUGUGUAUGGACUAGCUAGAGGAGUUAAACAAAUAGAAAGAGAUGGAAGACUGAGUUAUAUGGUAAAGGUACCAAAGGGAACUGAUCAAGGUCAUGAUAAGCACUCUCAUUGGAAGAAAUGGAUUCCAAUUGUUGUAGGAGUGGUUGAUGGAGUUGUAUUAUUACUUGUUUUAGGAGGGAUUGGAUACUAUGUAAUCCGAAAGAGAAGAAAGUCGUCUGUAGAUACAGGUCACAACAAUUGACAUUGUAUAGCUGAAAUUUUGUUUUCAAGAUAACAUUUUCUACAUUGAGAUAGUAAUUGACUGACACUCAUGAAAAACAAAGGAUGAAACUUGAGCGACAGAUACUAAACUUGUAACCAAAAAGUUGAUUUUGACAACUUCAAAUUCAAAAGCAGAUAGAGGAGAAUUGAUGAAAUGCCUGAGAUUGAGCAGAACUUCCAAGAAAUAGAAAUGCCAAAGGUUGGAGAGAAACGGCUACAAUAUUCUUGCUCGAAAAAUUGAGGAAAGCUAACUUACAAAAUACGGCCAAGUGUCCUAGUAUAAAAUAUUUAAGUUGUUUUGUUCAAUUUGUAAACUAGAUUGUUGCAAUACUCUUUUGAUUUGUUUCUUAACUUUCCAACCUAGACCUAAACUUCAGAUAGCUAGAUAAGGAGAGACUCAUUCUUCAUCUAAGUUCUUUUUAGCUCAGUGACUAUUUAAAUUAUUAAGUAACUUCAAUUGCAUCCCCAUUACAAACAUGUAUUUAGCCAGUUUUAUCAAAAA